UGCUCGGCGGCGGCGGCGGCCCCGAGCCUCCUGUUGCUGGACUACGACGGGUCGGUGCUGCCCUUCCUCGGGGGCCUGGGCGGGAGCUACCAGAAGACCCUCGUGGUGCUCACCUGGAUCCCGGCGCUGUUCAUCGGCUUCAGCCAGUUCUCGGACUCCUUCCUCCUGGACCAGCCCAACUUCUGGUGCCGCGGGGCCGGCAAGGGCGCCGAGCAGGCUGGGGUCCUCGCCACCGGCCGGUGGGGCUACGUGGGCAACUGGACCAGCCCCCCGACCGCGACCCCCUUCCCCACUGCCGCCUGGGGGGCUGCGGGCAACCGAAGCAACAGCAGCGGCGCGGAUGGGGGCGACACGCCACCCCUGCCGUCCCCUCCGGACAAGGGGGACAAUGCCUCCAACUGCGACUGCCACGCGUGGGACUACGGCAUCCGCACCGGCCUAGUCCAGAACGUGGUCAGCAAGUGGGAUCUUGUGUGUGAUAAUGCCUGGAAGGUCCAUAUCGCUAAGUUCUCCUUACUGGUUGGAUUAAUCUUUGGCUACCUAAUAACUGGAUGCAUUGCUGACUGGGUCGGCCGGCGGCCUGUGCUGCUGUGUUCCAUCAUCUUCAUUCUGAUCUUUGGACUGACUGUGGCACUGUCAGUGAAUGUGACUAUGUUCAGCACACUCAGGUUCUUUGAAGGAUUCUGUCUGGCUGGAAUAAUUCUCACCUUGUACGCGUUACGCAUAGAGCUGUGCCCCCCUGGAAAACGAUUCAUGAUCACGAUGGUGGCGAGCUUCGUGGCCACCGCGGGCCAGCUGCUCAUGCCGGGGCUGGCCGCCCUGUGCCGGGACUGGCAGGUGCUGCAGGCGCUCAUCAUCUGCCCCUUCCUGCUCAUGCUGCUCUACUGGUCGAUAUUCCCCGAGUCCCUCCGGUGGCUAAUGGCUACCCAGCAGUUUGAGUCCGCAAAGAAGCUGAUCCUGCACUUCACACAGAAGAACCGCAUGAGCCCCGAGAGUGACAUCAAGGGUGUGAUGCCCGAGCUGGAGAAGGAACUUUCCCGGAGGCCCAAGAAGGUCUGCAUUGUGAAAGUGGUGGGGACCCGGAACCUGUGGAAGAACAUUGUGGUCCUGUGUGUGAACUCGCUGACGGGGUUCGGGAUCCACCACUGCUUUGCACGGAGCAUGAUGGGCCACGAGGUGAAGGUGCCGCUGCUGGAGAACUUCUAUGCCGACUACUACACCAUGGCCAGCAUCGCGCUGGCCUCCUGCCUGGCCAUGUGCCUGGUGGUCAGGUUCCUGGGGCGCAGGGGGGGACUGCUGCUCUUCAUGAUCCUCACCGCCCUGGCCUCGCUCCUGCAGCUCGGGCUCCUCAACCUGAUUGGGAAGUACAGCCAGCAUCCAGAUUCAGGGAUGAGUGACAGCGUAAAGGACAAAUUCUCCAUCGCGUUUUCCAUCGUGGGCAUGUUCGCCUCCCACGCGGUGGGAAGCCUCAGUGUGUUCUUCUGUGCGGAGGUCACCCCCACAGUGAUAAGGUGUGGCGGGCUGGGACUGGUGCUGGCCAGCGCGGGCUUCGGCAUGCUCACGGCGCCCAUCAUCGAGCUGCAUAACCAGAAAGGCUACUUCCUGCACCACAUCAUCUUCGCCUGCUGCACGCUCAUCUGCAUCAUCUGCAUCCUGCUGCUGCCCGAGAGCAGAGACCAGAGCCUGCCCGAGAGCAUCUCCAGCGGGGAGCACUACACGCGGCAGCCACUGCUGCCGCACAAGAAGGGCGAGCAGCCGCUCCUGCUCACCAACGCUGAGCUCAAGGACUACUCGGGCCUCCACGACACGGCCACCAUGGGCGACGGGCUGCCCGAGGGCGCCACAGCCAACGGCAUGAAGUCCAUGUAGCUGGCCACGCCACUGCUCCUGUGGGGGCCCCAGAGACCCAAGGGCUUGGGGGGAGUCUGGGCACAGGUUUACAGACAGGGACCGAGCACGGCCGGGUGCAGAAAAACCCAGCUCUGCUGCCGAGGCCACCCAAGCGUGAGACUUCCAACUGGUGUGGGGAAAUCUGUCUUUCCAAACGUCCAAGGAGCACGUGUUUAAGGAAACAAACUCUUUGGAAAUAAUCCUUCAAAGACUUUCUUUUCUGCCAUGAAAUGUUUGUAUUUAUUUUGGUCAUUUCUACCAGAAGCACUUUAUUCUCUGUCCUCUCACUGGUCACGAGAUGCAGCCACCUCCUCCAGGAGCAAAACAUGGCCACUCUGAGGAAGACGUCAUCGGUGACCGAUACGGUGGCCAGCCUCCUCCCUGGAGGUCAGACGCUGCCCCUCGCCCACCACCCAAGGAGCCAGAUGUCACCUCAGCCAGCCCAGAGCCCAGCCUGGAGGGAGCCCGCCUGUGUGCAGAGGUGUGGCCCUCUCGUAGAGCAUUCCCAGGACUGCAUUUUAGACAGCGUGAAAUGUAAAUGAAUUAGGUUUUUGCUAGAGUCUGUAUAUGGUUUUCUAAAGCUUCCUUCUUUCUGUUUGUAA